AUGCAGCUUGCAUCGUUCUCCUGGUUUCUGUGGCUGUUCUCCCUGAUCUCGAGCGUCCACGCCAUUACCUACCGUGGUGCAGACUUCUCGUCUCUCGUCAACCUCGAGAACCAAGGUAUCCGGUACCGAGACAAUGGCAACGUCCAACCGCUCGAGAGGAUCCUUGCCAACUAUGGUGCUAACCUUGCUCGAAUCCGCGUCUGGACGAGCAACGACUACAGCCAGUACAGUUUGAACUAUGCGCUCAAUUUGGCUAAGCGCGCCCAGGCUGCUGGAAUGGACAUCUAUGUCGACCUGCACUACAGCGACUCUUGGGCCGACCCUGGAAAGCAAUGGAUUCCUUCUUCGUGGCCGAAGGACCUGGCUGGUCUCAACACCCAGAUCUAUACGUACACCCGGGAUGUGGUCCGCGCCUUCCAGAACCAAGGAACCCCAAUUAAAUACAUCGAGAUAGGAAACGAAAUCAACGACGGCAUGCUCUGGCCCGUCGGUCGCAUCUCGCAAAACGGCUACGGCAACCUCUCCGAACUCCUCCACUCCGCUGCAGCCGGUGUCCGCGAUGCCUCCUCUUCCGUCAAGAUCAUGGUCCACCUCGCCAACGGAUGGAACUGGUCUGCUGUCAACGGGUUCUUCAACCAGAUCUUCAUGCCGGGCAAGUUCGCUACCAGCGAUGUGGACGUGCUUGGUUUCUCCUUCUAUCCGUUCUACGGGACGAGCGCUACUUUGAAUAAUCUGAGGUCGAGUUUGACGAAUAUUGUGAACAAGCUUAACAAGGAAGUGAUGGUGGUUGAGGUCAAUUGGCCAUAUUACUGCCCGGACGUCGCCCUCAGCGAGCCCGGCUACCCAACUGGUGCCAGCGGUCAGCUAUCAUUCGUGAACCAGGUCAGGAGUAUUGUCGAGAACCUGCCUAAUGGCCGUGGAACUGGUAUCGUCUACUGGGAGCCUGGGUGGAUUGGAAACGCCGGUCUUGGCUCUGCGUGCUGGGAUAACAUCCUGGUCGACGGCUCUGGAAACGUUAGAUCACCCAGUUUCAACAUGUUCAACCGCUGA